AUGUACACUCUGAUUCUCCAUGGAAGAAGGGUUAUCGAGCUACUUAAACGGCGUAACUUGAGAAUUUCACUGACCCUUCUUCAAAACACAUCCUUCUCCUCUUCUCCAGAUGUAAUCCCUCGAAAAGGUCAGAACUUUACUGUCUCCUCUUACCUCGUUGACUCACUGGGUUUAACUAAGAAACUCGCUGACUCCCUCUCAAAGAAAGUCAAUUUCGAUGAAAGGGUCAUCCUGAUUCUGUCUUGUCUCUUCUCAGAAGCCAUGGAUGCUGAUGAAUCUCUCGCUCCAAAGCUUAAGUUACUACAGAACAGAGGAGCUUCAACCUCUGAGCUCACUGAGGUUCUUUCGAAAGUCCCUAAGAUUCUGAGAAUCAAAAAGGACAAAGCUUUGGGAAGGUACUAUGAUUUCGGUAGUAAACAGGAGAAUAAGAUUAGGAAUGUUUUGGUUUUGAGAGAUCUUGGUGUGCCUCAGAGGUUGUUGUUCCCUUUGCUUAUCUCUAGGUCAGCUCAUGUUUGUGGGAAAGAGAGGUUUGAAGAGUCUUUGAAGAAGGUUAUUGAGAUGGGUUUUGAUCCGAGAACUCCAAAGUUUGUCAAAGCUUUGCAUACUGUUUAUGAACUGAGUGAUAAAACUAUAGAAGAGAAGGUGGAUGUGUACAAAAGGUUAGGCUUUGCUGUGGGAGAUGUGUGGAAGAUUUUUAAGAAGCAUCCUUCGUUUUUGAAGUUCUCUGAGAAGAAUAUAUCAAACUCUAUGGAUACGUUUCUAGGUUUGGGAUUCAGUAGAGUUGAGCUUGCGGGGAUGGUUAGGCGCUUUCCUCAGUGUAUUGGGUUAUCUGCAGAGACGGUUAAGAAGAAGAAUGAGUUUUUGGUGGAGAAGAUGAAGUGGCCAUUAAAGUCUUUGGCUUUGUUCCCUCAUGUUUUUGGAUGUAGCAUGGAGAAGAGGAUUGUCCCAAGGUGUGAAGUAAUCAAAGCUCUUAUGUCUAAAGGAUUGAUUAGGAGUGAACUUCCUUCAGUAUCUUCUGUCUUGGCGUGUACUGAUUAUAUGUUUUUGAUAAAGUAUGUGAGGAAGCAUGAUGACAAGGAGCUUAAGGCUGAGUUAAUGGCUAUCUUCACCAAAGAUGGUGGGGACUUAUAG